AUGAAUUCAACACACGAUCAUCUGAAUAAUGAAACAAAGGCGUUGGCGACUACAGAAGCCACUAUAUCAGAGGAAAUGAUGAGGGAAUGGUUUCAAAGUCAAAUGGGAAAAGGGACUGGAGGGGGAAAAAUACAAGCAAUUGUUCCAUUAGAAGAAGACAUGGAAUGGGCAACAGUCGGUGGUCGAUUCGGCAUGGCAUACAUUGCCUUCGGAAUCCUAGCCAUUCUCGUAAACAUUGUCAUAUUUGUAUGCAUUUGUCUCCGUCGACGCACCACGUCUUCUCACGUCUUCUACAUUAUUAUUCUGAAUUUUUGUAUAAUUGACACUAUCAAAGGAAUAUGCUCUGUUCUUUUUGCUUUGAAACUUCUUACCUUCAACAUGGCAACCGAUGCAUCUAUGUGGACAGUUCGAGUGGAUCAGUAUAGUGGAGUUCUUUUGAGAUUCACCAAUUUAACAACGAUUAUGAAUGUUCUUCUGAUCACCAUGAAUGAAUUCAUCUUCAUUUGCUAUCCGUUAAGAUAUUCUUGCAUUGUUACAAGAUUCCGUGUUCUCUGUGCAAUUGUUUUCAGUUGGUUGAUUGCUUUAAUGUUAACUAUACUCAAUAUGCUAACCAGUACGAGACAACGAAGUGUUAUGAUUGAUACGGAUUGUGAAAAUGAAAGCCUGAUCAACGCUUCAUUCUGUAUCAAACACCAAGAGACUUCUCUUUUUCAUUAUUUUGUCUUUCAUAUGGUUUUGAUUGCUUUCUGCUUGAUCUGCCUUGCAAUCACUGCAAGCUGCUACUUCAUUCUUUUUAGAAUAAUUACGAAACUAGUUCGAGCUGAUGUAAAAUACCAAGUGGAAACUGACCUUCUCCGAGAAGAACAUUCUCAUGGGAAAUCAAUUGCUCGCCGGAAGAAAUACGUUUUGAUGAUUGGAAGUGUCAUUUUGGUGUAUACAGUAUACUUAACAACUUAUGCAGUUAUUCAGGGAAUGCAUCUUGUCAAUAUUACAAGCCGAAGCAAGGGAACUCCAGUUCAUGCAAGAAGUGGUUACAUCUACACCAAAUACACGUGCUACUUGUUCAUUUCUUUCCACUCACUGCUUCAACCAUUAUGCUUUGCGAGGAUGAGAGAAUUCAGAAACAUCCUGAAAAGAACUCUGUUCCCUUGCCUCACAAAAACUGAUCCGAUUUUGACAACAGAUGUCUACAAACGUAACAGUCAACCUACUGAUAUCUAA